AUGUGGCUUACCCUCUCGCUUGUGGGUUCGUUUGCACCGUCGGCGCAGAACGCAGGCCCAUUGCUGAACCCCUGCGUGGAGCUAUCCGUGGGCAACAAGCUGCACAGCACACGCCUCCCGGUGGAAUCACGCGGUGUCACUGUCGGGGAGGGGGAGGGGGCCAGCAGGAAGAGAAGGAGCUCGGCCGUAGCGUUUCACGGCGUGACGGAACGACCACCCUACGUAGCCGAGGCCAAGCCGCUCCGGUGCACGCACUGGGGCUCGGGGGGGCGCCCAACCCGCCGCACUUGCGUCGUGGCACCCCUGGAGGAAGUCCAAGAGCUGGCUUCGGGGGCUUCGGCCGUAGGCCGGAACGGCGUUGAUCCCCGCGGGCGGGGCGGGGCAAAUAGCGGGGGCUGGAGUGAGGUCGUCCGCCGGGGAGGGGAGUCGACGGUCCAGCUGGCCAUCUGCUGGUCGCCCGCGAUUCGGCUCAAGCGGCCGCUGUCCCUGGUGGCGCGGGCGGGGAGGCUGACGGCGCAUGUGGUUUCUCGGAAGAUCGACAGGCCGGCGGCAGCGGUGCUGAACCUCGGGUUGGGCGGGGCGGAAAAGGCCUCCGAUUUUCUCUUCUUUGGAGACCCCCGGCUGAAAGCGGCCGCCCUGGUCGCGUCGGCGGUGUCCCUAUCCCUGGGGUCGGCGGUUGUCGUGGCCGCAGCGGCGUGCUUCUUGCCGGUCAUGCUGGCGCUGUCGGCGGCAGCGGCGGCGACCUUCGCGACUCUCGCGCCGCCGGCAUUGGCGUUGACCUGGGUCUUCGCGUGCACGGGCCCCGCGUGCGAGCAGCUCUGGAGACCGCUGCUGGCCCAUGGUAAGGGAGUAGAGAGGAGCCACCCACUUUCCUCGGAUUUUGCCCCGUCCACAGGCAGCUUCAUCUUGCGCGAUGCCAAUCUCUGGUGUGUGCAACCGGCGCGUGUGCACAUGUUGCCCAUCACCCUAUCGGAUCGCGUCAAGAUGUCCCCCUGAGGUCUUGACGGUGCCCUCAUUUCUCAUGGAGCUAGCUCCUCGUGCAUGUCUGAGUUGGUUGGUUUUCGUGAUUUUCUUAAAGGCGAAAAUAUCGACGGGGAACAGCGCUUGCGCUGUCGGGUCAGCCUGAUUCCGUGGGUCAUGCAUGCGCACUUCUCCUUGAGUAACUUGCUCUUUCUUUUCUGUCUCUCCGUCCCGCCGUUGGUCUUUAGGCUACUUUGAGGUAGUAGACCGUGGGUAGCCCCCUUUACUCAUUGCGGCAUGUUGUGGGUUCGAAUUCUUCUUGGGAAUGAACCGUGCGCAAUUCUUCAAUGGAAGGCGGCGAAAAUUCGCGCGUAGCCACGAUUAGAGGGAAAAUGAUAGUUAAACCCUUCUCGCGUUAAGAACCGAAGACAAGAACGGCAGGGGGAAGUACAGUAGGACAAAGCGCGAACGUCCGUGUGUUAACUUCCUCCAGUGCGACCCCGCUGGCUGAUAUGUCAAACAUAUACGGAAUGGUAUGGACCGGCGCCAGAGAACAGACACAAAUAGCACCUGAUCUUGCCAGGUCUGGACCGGAACACG